AUGGCAUCAGUAGACACCCGACCUCAGGAAAAGGCAGGUUCCUGGUAUUUAGACGAACCAACAGAACUCAGGGAGCAGCUCAACGACUUCCUCUCUGACGUGCCCGAUCAGAUUGAGGGCAAUGACCUGCCGGUCCCUGGUGCUCGAAUUAUCAUUGCCCCCCAUGCCGGCUACACAUACUCGGGUGCUACGGCAGCUUGGGCCUAUAAGGCCCUCGACCUCAGCAAGGCCAAGCGCGUAUUCCUUCUCGGGCCUUCUCAUACGUUCUACCUUACGGGCUGCGCAGUCAGCAAGUAUCAAAACUACGGCACGCCAUGGGGAGACCUCAGGGUAGACGAGAAGGUCACAGCCCGCCUCCUCGACGAGCUCGAAAUACCCGCGAUCCCAACGCGGAACGAUAUCAAAGAGCACUCGCUAGAAAUGCAUUUGCCAUAUCUGUGGAUUCGACUAGAACAAACUUUCGGCUCGCCCGAGAACUUCCCGCCCGUCGUGCCGAUCCUCAUCGGCGAUAACAACAAGGCCGAAGAGAAAGAGGUGGGCAAGUGGCUUGCCGAGUAUAUCAAGGACCCCGAGAACGCGUUCAUCGUCAGUUCUGAUUUCUGCCACUGGGGUGGCCAUUUUGACUACACAAUUUACUGUCCAGACGGGACGCUCGAUAGCAAGGAGAGGCUACACGAGUAUGGUCCCAAGCCUGACGGACCACCUAUCCACGAGACGAUCAAAAUGGUGGAUGACCUAGCGAUCGAGGCCAUAAAGACGGGAAAACACAACAGCUUCUACGACAACCUCAAGCAGACCAAGAACACGGUGUGCGGAAGACACCCGAUCGGAGUGACAAUGGCGGCGCUCGAAGAGCUGGGCGACCACCGGUUCACGUUCAUCCAAUACAAUCGCAGCACCCUAGUAACGCGCCCGAGGGACUCCAGCGUCAGCUACGUAUCCGCUUACGCAGUGGUAUAA